AUGAGCGAUGAAAUUAUCGAUCUUUACACGCAGAAACGCCAAACAAUAUUUCCUGGAAGUAGCGGAAGUUUUGGAGGCCAACUUUUGCCGGAACUUCUGCCGGCGGCUGAAAUCCAAAGAAAAUUUCCGCGUGAAUUACCUGUAACGAGGACUAAAAAUGGUGUAACGAAAAAUCGGAAAAUACCCGCGCUGGGCAUACAUUCUGAUCUUUUCAAAAGAUGGGCUGAGGCCAUCGACGAAAAGCCACCUAACAGUCCUGUCAGCAAAAAUGGUACUGCCGGUAAACCGUCUAAGCAUGACAGCACCGCAUCGCUUCUUCCAACCGGUCAACCUGGAGAAACUUUAUCUCAAUCUUACGGGGAUAAAUACCGGGAUGUUUUCGAACUGCAAUAUGGAUGCGGUAAUUAUAUUACGGUAGCGCAAAAGAUUAACCCCAUACGCGACGAACCCACAUUAGUCGCCCUUGUCAAGGGCCUGUCGUACCUGGAGGCGGAAGGCCUGGAACACGGGCAGCUUAGCUGUUCCGAAAUCCUGGUAGACACGUCUGGCCAAGUCAAAAUAUGGUCAUACGAGAAUUGCCAGCCCGUGGUACAAGACUGUGCGGAUAUGAGGUCGUUGAGCAAAAUAACUAUGGAAUUAAUGCAGGGCUAUUGUAAGGAAAACGGACGGGUAGGAGUAGACGAUCUUGUUCGCUGGCCAGCCGACUCCCGGGCCGUCGACUUCCUUUCGGUAACGGCGGAUACCAGUGACUUAGGUUUGCUUUCAAAUGGGUUCGGAAACUGCACUGUGGCUACAUUAGAACGUAAUCCGAACCAAGCUUUUAGUGUUGCCAACGUGAUACGGAAUUUUGCUGCCGAGUCUGCCGGGCAAAAACGGAACCCAAGUGAUGUGUCAUCACAGUGUGGCCCGAAUUUGGGCUCAGCCGGAGGCCAAAUAUGGGCUUGA